CACGGUUUAAAGUCGAACUCUGCACUUGUGGCGGAUUUAAAUCUUCACGAACCUGAAUAUUGUUCAGUUUCUGGGUCGGAUCCGAUGCUGCAGCUCCGGAGCAGGCGGAACUUGUGCUGCUUCUUCUUCUAGUGCUUCUUCCUCAUCCUCCUCCUCGCAGGUUUAAUGGCGGUUGGUUAUCAGCGCACUACCGCCACCAUCUGGACAGGAGGGGGGGUCACAAGGGACUUUUACAUAAACUCGGUUGUUGACCUUUUUAGAAACAUGAAUGUUUCACCUUUAAUAAUAUAAUAAUACAUGAACUCAUACAGCAGCUUUCAUACAUAGAAUACAGCUCAAAUGGAGAGAGAGAGAUACUUUAUUUGUCCAGAGGGAAAUUUAGAUCAAUAACAACACGUUAGCAUUACAAAAUAACUUAGGAUAAAACCUUAAAACUGCAAAGGCUGUAAAAGAACCAAUGGUGGUAAAAAAAAGAGGAUAAAAUUAAUUAAAAGCAAAAAGAUAGAAAUAGGUUGAGGUGUUUCUUAAACUAUCAACAGUUAUCAACAUGUUUUUUCAUACUAUUGUAAAAUAAUAUCAUUAAUAAACAUCUCAACGUGUUUUCUACAUGUGUAUAUGAUUUCACACUAUUGAGUUUAAUAUCAUUAAUAUAUGAAUUUAAAGUCUUACAUGUAUAACAUGUUGUUUUAUUUUUGAUCGGAAGUUGCGCAAGUUAUCUUGUUGUGCUAAUUAGCUAGCAUGCUAGCUGGAGCAGCUCCUGGAUGUUUUGAGAACAACGAUCAUUUGAAAUCACGUGUUUGGUUUUUCAUGAUGUGUCUGAACAAGCGUCCUGGAGUAGACACUGUGUCCGGCCCGGUCCUCUGGGUCUGAACUCAUGCUGCGCUCAACCUGUGUGUGUCCGCGGGUUCAUGCUAACGGCUAACGGGUAAGCUAGCUGGUCAGCUGACUCCCUCACGUGACAGCCUCCGGUUCAGCCGCUGUUUCCCGGUGCUGCGGAGAGAUUAACUUCAGGAGCCCGGUUGUUCGCGGCGGACCCCGGCAUGUCCCCGGUAGUUCACAGGUCUCUCGGGCCAGAGGAGGAUUCCUGAGCCACCGGCAGCUAACGACGCUAAACGCCCAGUGAGUCCGUCCAGAGAGCCGCAGCCGCCGAACCGAGCCCCUUCAGAACCCUGUCAACCACACGUCUGACGUGCGGUUCACUCCAGAAGAGUUUUUUCCGUCUUCACUUCCUCAAACAGCUUCCAAAAUGAAUCCAGAGGGGAAGAAGCUCCUGAACAUCAUCAUCCUGGGCUUCGGCUUCAUGUUCAUGUUCACUGCUUUUCAAACAUGUGGAAACAUAGAGCAAACGGUUCUAAAGAGCUUCAACAGCACCGAGUUCCACGGGAGCGGCUACACGAGCAUGGCCAUCAUCUAUGGAGUUUUCUCUGCGUCCAACCUCAUCGCUCCGUCAGUGGUGACCCUCAUUGGACCCCAGCUCUCCAUGUUCUUCAGUGGGCUUCUCUACAGCGGCUACAUCGCUAUGUUCAUCUACCCGUACACGUGGAGCUUCUACACAGCGUCUGUGCUGGUUGGAGUAGGAGCAGCAGUGCUCUGGACGGCGCAGGGAAACGUGCUCACCAUCAACUCCACUGACAACAACAUCGGGAGAAACAGCGGCAUAUUCUGGGCUCUGCUGCAGUGCAGCUUGUUCUUUGGAAACCUCUACAUCUACUUUGCCUGGCAUGGACACGUCCACAUCACAGACAAAGACCGGCAGACGGUCUUCAUCUCUCUGACCGUGAUCAGCCUGGUCGGCUGCUUCCUCUUCUUCCUGAUCCGGAGGCCCGACCCCGAGUCGUCUCCCUCCGAGGUGACGGAGUCGCUGCUGCAGGCCGAGUCCACAGAGAGCUCCACGGACACCUCACCUCACUCAGGCCUCUGCUCACAGGCGCUGGAUGCUUUCGUUCAAGCGUGUAAGAUCUUUGUCACCAAAGAGAUGCUGCUGCUGAGCUUCUCCAUCGGAUACACAGGCUUGGAGCUCACUUUUUACAGCGGGGUGUACGGGACGUGUAUCGGCGCCAUGACGAGGUUCGGCAAAGAUGCAAAGAGUCUGAUUGGCAUCUCUGGGAUUUUCAUCGGCAUAGGCGAGAUCUUGGGAGGGGGCGUGUUUGGGAUGCUGAACAAGAGGAACCGGUUUGGGAGGAACCCGGUGGUGCUGCUGGGACUCGUCACUCACUUUGUGGCUUUUUACCUGAUCUUCCUGAACAUUGCCAGCGACGCUCCGCUGGCCCCGGAGGAGGGAACCGACCUGCAGGCCUACAUCAGCCCGAGCGUUGCGGUGGCGAUGCUCUGCAGCUUCCUGUUGGGUUUGGGCGACAGCUGCUUCAACACGCAGCUGCUCAGCAUCAUCGGCGUCAUGUUCCGGGACAACAGUGCUCCGGCCUUCGCCGUCUUCAAGUUCAUCCAGUCCAUCAUGGCCGCUCUAGCCUUCUUCUACAGUAACUACCUGCUGCUGCACUGGCAGCUGCUCAUCCUGGUCCUGUCGGGUUUCCUGGGCUCGAUAUCGUUCUUCGUGGCCGAGGGGUGGGCCGAGUCCAGCCGGCGGGAAUCGGACUACGACAGCAUCUGAUCUGCUCCCGGUGAGGAUGAGGAGCAGGGCUCUGUGCACCGGAGGAGGAAGGUGUCCUCACACAGACACUGUUUGGUUUUCAGAGCCUCUCGAUCUGCUGGAAAACCAAACAUUCGUCUUGAGCCCAACGUUUAUCUGAACUGAAUCCCACGACCGAGCGAUUGAGUGAACUCCAGAUGUUUCAUCAAGCUUCAUCCCUGGUUUUUCUUUUUGUGGACACAGUCUAAUAAUCAAUCCGGUGAAAUAUGAAAACACACUUGUCGUGGUUUGUUUAUCGAGUAUCAAGCCUUUUAACUGAGGCCUGUUCAGGACUGACUGGUCCUGAGGAGUAACACUGGCUUUAUGAAGAAGCAGCUGCAGGUUUGACUGGUUUCCACCUGCAGCUGCUCUGAACUGACGACUGGUGUUGAACUCGUAUCGUAGCCCGAUUCCUCUCGACUCCACACGCUGCUCAAAACACAUCAGAGAGCUUCACUGUUAAACUGGUGACAUCAUCACCACGAACACACACACACACACACACACACACACUAACGCAAUACCUGUGAGGUGUUUUUAAGAAUGUAAGCGUGAUGGAGAGCCGAGUUUAGUGCCUGUCUCUCACCAAAGAAAGUGACCUUCCUGGAUUUGACCUUGUUUAUCCACAUGGUUAUUUUCUCACCCUUCCACAAGAAUUCCUUAAAAACAGCUUCUACUUCUCCUUUUUCAGUUUGGUCCAUGUCCCAUCUGCUGACAUGGAGGAGGCAGGUUCCCGACCUGCCGGGGGGGGCGACUGAGAUACUUUGGAGCUGUCCUGUGUUCAUGUGGAUUUGGAGUCGGGUUGGACUGAGCUGGUUCUUUUAGUCACACAUCGGUGUUUUUUCCUCUUUCAUGGGAUUUGAUAAAAGUUAAAAAUAGAAUAAUUCCUCCUCACAUAAAGAUGAACCAGCUCUGAAAGUCUCUCCUCUGAACGUUUGACACAAAAUUCUUCUUCCCUCUGAAGCUCCAGAGACACAAAGACUGAGAUUCAGUCCACGUGACUCAGCUCCCGUCUCAAACUUCACAGCUUCAGUAGAACUUUAACGUGGUGACACCUGACGAGCACUUUGAAGAGAAACACCCUCAACAAACUGAACCUUCAAUCCUGUGAAUCCAUUUCCACCUUCACUCUUUUGAUUUACUGAUUUUCCUGUUGGUCUGGUUCCUCAUCAGACACCGAGUGACCUCAGUCGUGAUAAGAUCCAGAGCGACUCUGUGUUCCAGGAAACCUCUGGUGUCACACGUGGAUGAUUCACUGAGUUCAGAUGAAAUGAAAUGUUUGGUUCCUGAAAGACAGAAACAAACACGAAGCAUCUUCACUUUUAUCUGCAGGUUUUAUUUCACAUUGUCACAGAGCUGCUGAUUCAGUCUUUUCAUUUUAAUCUCCAGAGUUAUACAAACAUCCCCCCCCCCCCCCCCCCAUCCUCUCUCCCCCCCAUCCUCUCUCCCUCCACUCUGAUGCUGAACACGGGCGAGUCCACGUGUCGUCUUGUCUAAUGUUGUGUUGCAAAAAACAACAACUGAUGCUGUAGUUUUUGUUCUCUCUUUAAAGUGUCACUCUCUGAAUGACGGCACAUAUUUUUGGGUAAUAAUCAAAUGAAACACGAGGCUUUGGGUUUGCACACGUUUUAUUUUAUGUCCCAAAUCAAAUCUCCAGGAUAUUAAGGGAACUGCAUGUGAACUUUGAAGAUGAUUUUAUACUUGAAUGUAAUAAUGACGCCCCCCCCCCAGCCUUCGCUUGCUUGUUUUUAUUAUCAAUAAAAUGUCAUUUUGAACAUAAA